UUGAAAUAAACACUAUAAAAUGGAAUCAACAGUUGGGAUACAAGGAAAUUAUGACCAGAUAGAAGAGCUAUUCAUUAGCACUAUCUCCUCUAUCGCUUUAUAUAAAUCUUAUUGCAUCUACUCGAGUGGGUCUUAUAUUCACAUCAUUGAUAUCAACAAAGGCAGUGAAGAGGAUUUGAAAUACAGGAAAACACUUCUUAAAAUCAACGUAUUUGAUUCAAUAAAGCAAGUUGAGAAGGUCAAGAUCCUUCAUGGGAAUGAGACAAGUUUUAAAGUGCUUGCUUUUGCUGAAAGAUGGAUAAAAGUGUUCAACAUAGAUGCUGAGCAAUGGAAUGCCCACUGCUUGUUUGAUAACAGAAACUUCCUUGAUAAAAUCUAUGAUGUGAUCCUUCCUACUAAUAGAGAUCUUUACAUUGGAUAUGCUCAUAACUAUGUAGAUAAAAUUAUCUUCAAUGAUGAGAUUUCUGAGACUUCAGAAGACUGGCCAGAGUUCCAAAGAGGAGGGAAAGUGAUAUGCUCUGAUGAAUGAAUAUUGUUUCAGCUAACAUUCCUUCCACUCCAACAAUGGAAUAGCAAGCAGUAUCUAGCAGCUUCAGCAACGAUGUUCGGCAGUGUUUGCAUCUGGAACUACUUUAUCGAUACAUCACAAGAAAUCAACGAAAAUUUUUCAGAGAUGAGAGAAGUUUUAAUGGAGUUCAAAGGCCAUGCCGGAGUUAUUUUCAAUCUCAGAUGGAUUAAUGAACAAAGCAUUUGCACUACAUCUGGCGAUAGAGUGGUCAAAGUUUGGCAGCUUACAGAAGAAAACGAUCCUCAACCAGAAGAGAUCAUCUGAAGAAAUACUGCAGGUAUUUCAGAUAUAGAACAAGGACUAGAUUUCAAUCAGGAAGUAAUGAAAUUUGAGGGACAGAUCGGUAGAUCUCUAUGGUGAGUAUCAGCUAAUGGAGACCUCAACUGAAUCGUGACAGGUGGGGCUAAUACAUCUAUUAAAGUAUGGAGUUUUAACUCUGAAUCAGAGGAAGAGAAGAAAGAAGAAUCUUCUGGUAUACAAAAGUUUGAGUGCAAUAUUAAUGAUUCUCUUAAUACUCUUCCCUUUGAAAUUACUGAAAAUGAAAAAUACUUCGUUAGAAGUAUUGCCCAUUGUUCAAUAGAAAAUAUUUACUAUGUCUUUGCUUCUACUAAUAUCGGAACAAUCUACAAAUGGAGCAAUGAGCAAGUUGAUGAAACAGAACCGAUCAAGAACUUUGAGCUUAAAUACACACACUCCAGAAUAGAAGAUCCUUCUAUAAAAAGCAAAGAUUUUUCUAUUAUUGAUAUUUGCUGUUCACAUUUUACAUUUGUGACUGAAGAGAUCACCAAGGAAACUAUUUUAUUAGUAGCUGCAUUCGAAGGAAACUAUGAAAAACAGUCUAAAGCACAGAUACUGAUGUUUGAUAGAGACAAUAACUGAGAAAGCAUGAGCCCUACAGAAGGUUCAAUACAAAUACUUCCAUUUGAAUGGAUGAAAAUUCUCCCGACCUUUAAAGAGACGAUCGAUCCCAUUGAGUGAGAAUCUAGUUUGCCAGAUAAACCUUCUAAAGAUUCUAAAGAUAGUGUACAUUGGAAAACUAUCAGAGUAAUUGUCCUCAGAAAAUUCACCACUGAGAUCAAUAUUCAAAUUGGAGAAUGCAAAGCUUUAUUCGAUCUCCUCACCACAGAUGGAAGAGGCUUAACAAAAAUUUGGAGAGUAUAUAUUUUUAGAAACGAGCAACACAUUUAUGAAUAUAAAGUUCGCCAGGUUGCCGAAUACCAAUUGCAAAAGAAAUCUCAGGUCUUUAGCGCUACUCUGACCCACCCAACUAUUGGAAAACUUCUGCUUGGAGAUACUAAAGGAAACAUUCAUGUUUGUAAUAAUUAUCCAUGGGAACUUGAUGCUUCAGAUUUUGCAGAUUUCAACAAAGAGGAUAUGAUACAACAAGACUGUGACUAUUAUCUGAAUAAAGUCCAUGGGGUUGACAAAAUUACCUCAUUUGGACACAUGAAUAACUCAAAGCAUGACAUAAUUUCUACUGCCAAGCAAAAGCAUAUAAAAGUACUGAGAUAUUUCGAAGAAGAUGACAAAUUCUCUGUAAUAUCUUCUCUAAAGCCAGGCCCUCUUUCAUGAGUCCUAGGAGUCUAUUCAGCAGGAGCCAAGCCUAUUGUAGUUGGAGGUAGAGGAGUGAUGCUUUAUCUCUGGAAUUUACUAGAUAAGCACCAGCUUUUCAGCAUAAAUUGUAAAGGCUGGAAUAGACAUAUACUAUUUAAUGUAAAUGACGAAUUGUCAAAAUUCUUCGUUUGCUUUUCAAACAAAAAUAUUAUUAGUGUAUACUAUUCAGACAGCGCAACUAAGAAAGGAGGGAUAGAAUGCGAGACAUUAAGACCAAGUCUUCAUGAAAGAGAGACUCUUACAACUGCUGUUUUCUCAAAUCCAUUCACUAAUUCUCUUUAUGUUGCUACUGGCGGAGAAGAUACUGAAAUUUUGAUUGCUGAAGUUUUGUCUGAUUACCUAGAUUUGCAGAAAUCUUUAAAUUAUCAUACUUCAAGCAUUAGAGUAAUAAAGAAGAUUCUAAAAAGCAAAACAGAGGAUAAUCACAAAUACUACGUUGUUUCAGGAGGAGGACAGCUGCUUGUAAAUCUGUUUGAAAUUGAACUGUCAGCCCAAGGCUUAGAAGUAAUCCAUCUCUCAAAAUAUGAAGGAUUAAAAUCAUCCCAAGACUUCAGAAUAAUGGAUAUUGAAAUCUUGGCAACUCAAGAAAAUGUGAUCUGCUUUAUCGCUUCUUCAUCAGGAGAAUAUCACUGAAUUCAAGCUAACACCUCAGACUAUGAGUUCUCUAAAGUGAGCACACUAGCUUUUGAUACUGCAUUGCUUUGUCUUAAGGCAUUCCCAAUAGAAGACCAGACUUAUGGAGUCAUUGUUGGAACAAACAAAGGAAAAAUGAUGGCUCUCAGACAAGUAACAGGAGAAAACAUUGAGAUAAGCACAGAAAAUGUCACCAAUGACUUGACAUGGCAAGGUCAUCAGAUCGGGAUCAACGUCAUAGAUAUCUCAAAAGAUUUCAUCUGUACUGGAAGUGAUGAUCAGAGCUUGAAGUUAACAAAACUUGAAAUUAUCGAUGAAAAAAUAAGCAUCCAAGAGGUAUAUGCUUCAUACUCACAUCAUUCCUCAAUUAAAGCAUUGAGAUUCUUCUCCCUGCUUUACAAAGGAUGUGAAACAACCUUCCUUGUAUCUAGCAGUUAUGAUCAAAGAGGAUGUAUUUGGGCUCUAAAAUCUCACAAGUUAGUGCCAGUUUAUACUUUCAAGCAUACACUUCCAGACAUAUUCGACAGUCAGGUGCAUGUAAUCUCAGAGGAGGAAGACAGGUCAGAAUUCUUCAUUAUUUUUGUUGGCAAAGGAGUGUUCAUUAAGAAGAUAGUAUUCUCAUAACUUUCAAUAACACUUGUGCAAACC